GACUGAUAUAAUAUAUGUAUAGUCACUUUCCUGAUUCUACCAGCAGGUGUCACUCUAUGACUGAUAUAAAAUAUAUAUAGUCACUUUCCUGAUUCUACCAGCAGGUGUCAUUCCAUGAUCAAUAUAAAAUAUAUCAAGUCACUUUCUUAUUUCUACCAGCAGGUGUCACUCUAAGACAAAUACAGUAUAAAAAUAAGUAGUUUCAUGUAGGUCACCUCCUGGUUUCUGCCAGCAGGUGUCGCUCUGUUAUCAACAUAAAAUAUGUAUAGUAAUAAUUUACUCCUUGGUUUCUACCACAAGGUCAGUUGUCAGUUUUUGCCACCAGGUGUCACUCUAUCACCAAUCAAUAAUAAUAGUCACUCUUCUGUUUCUGUCAGUAGCUGUCACUGUACAAUGAAUGGUAAUCUAUACGGUCAGUCUCCGCUUUGUGCCAGCAGGUGUCGCUGUAUGAUCAAUAUAAAACAUGUACAGUAAUCUACACGAUCACUCCCCGGUUUCUGCCAGCAGGGGUCGCUGUAUGAUCAAUAUAAAACAUGUACAGUAAUCUACACGAUCACUCCCCGGUUUCUGCCAGCAGGGGUCGCUGUAUGAUCAAUAUAAAACAUGUACAGUAAUCUACACGAUCACUCCCCGGUUUCUGCCAGCAGGUGUCGCUCUUGUACACGCUGUCUAUAGAGUUUUCCUGAUGGUCGUUUCCGCGUCAUUAUUCCGCCCAUCGGGGGUCGAUCACACGGGACGUCGUCCUUGUCUCCUUGUUGCGGUUUCUUGCGGUUACAGUUGGAUCCAGCGCGCAGUGUGAACGCCUUUCUCGUGAGCCGCGUGUUGUGGUCGCUAUGACAACCGGGCGGGGCGUUGUCAUGGAGACCCGGGGCGUCUUGUGCCGGAGCUGAGUGCAGGAAUCCGGGAGCCGAGUGUGAGAGGAGACAUGUCCGUGAGUGAGGGGCCCCCGGGAGCGAGUGCAGAUAUAGCACUCAUUCAGGAUAAAGUGAUCAAUCAGGAACCAUCUCGGGCCCUUUCUACACGUGAACAGAAUGACUUCAUCCCAGAGGAACUUCUUCAGGUUCUCAUCUCGACUGCACAAGGGGCCGAGAGGCCGGAAGGGGGUCACAUAAAGAAAACGGGGCGUCUGAAGGACGGAAAGGUCUAUGUUCGGCCCACGGACCCCGUCUGGCACCAUCCUCUCCGCAGGACGAGGUUUCGGCAUCUGACGGAGCAGCCGGUGUGUGUGUCGGGGGCCGGAAGGGACAUUUCCUUCCUCUGUGAUGCUGUAGUGAUGGAGAAAAGAAACGCGUCAACUGAACAGCCGACAAACCGAAGUGAUAAGACACCGAGAACAAUGGGUCCAGGGAUGGAGGAAAGUCUCCUGCCGAGUGAAUUUUACAUAGUGAAGAAUAAAGGGGUUUUGGGGCUGGAGUAUUAUGAGGAUAAGUACACCACUCUCCUGGAGGAUGAUGAGAAGAGGCUCUGCAUGUUUCCUUCUAUGAAACCGAGUGGAAGAGCGGAGGUGAUCCAGCUGAUGAGGGUGAUGGACACCAUGCUGAGGCAGGCGGGUGUGGAGGACGAAGACAUCAAACUGGAAGGGCCGACACAGAUUCACAAUCUUCUGGAAUUACUGAAGACAGAACAGAACAUCUACAACGUGGUGUUCCAUGAGCUGAUCCGCCAGGUCAGCGUGGAGUGUGCGGAGAGAGGAGAGCUGCUGGCCAAGAUCAGGCAGCGAUAUGUGAUGUUACUGAAUAAGAUCCCACGGCAGGUUCUUAGCCUGUACAAUGACCUCCUGGCCCAGCGGGCCUUAGACCGGAGCCUCACCAAAGAGAUUAUCUACUUCAAGAACUCCAUCGGUGACCUGACAGAGGAGUUAUGUCAAGUUCGGGAACACGACCGGCGUGUGAGCAAAGAUGCAAAACAGGCGCAGGCUGAACUGGCUAAAGCCUUGAGCAAUGCAAAGAAGAACGCCAAUCUCUUAGAGGAAUACCGGGAGCUGUACGAGUUACAGAGGAGUCGUCUGGAGAGACAACUGGUUCAUCUCACCGAGGAGAGAGAUCUCUGGAGUGCGGCCACCUACAGACUGGCGAGAAAGGUUAUAGAAGAGAAUGGUCUGCAGCUGGCCCGCAGGUUGUACAUGAACGAGAAGACCUGGACCAAGAUCGUCCGCCAUUUCCUCGUGCUCCUGGCGUCCAAUGAUGCCAAAGACCUUUGUGAAAUCCAGCAGAUCACAGAGCGAUGGCGAGAUCACGUGAUCCGAUUCCAGCGAGACUUAGAGCGCAGCGACGAGUCAGGCCGAGAGAAGCUGCAGAUCAUCUGUACGGACCUGAAGAAGUGGCGGCUGCAUUUCCAAGAGAACGUUUUUGUGGACUGGCGAUAUCAUGCUGUUCCGGAAGAGGUGGCCGCAGCGAUACUGCAGGAUGUGAAGAACUGGGAAAAUAUGCUGGCGGAGGAACAACAACGGUUUGAGGGGAACAAUGUCCUCAGCAGUCAAGAGUCUCUAAAAAUGGCCUUCGAUAUCCACAAGGAAUGGUCCCAACUUGGAGAGAAACUGCUGAAAAGACACGAAGGCCCGGACGGGAGCCCUGCACCAGAGCAGCAGACCAUGGAGGACCUGAACAACACCAUAGGGGAACUGGGAGAGCAAUACAGAAGACGGGUGGAGGGGGAGAACGGAGUUGCCAUAGGCCUCACAUCCUUCUCAAACAGCCUGAACUCCUGGUCAUCCCCAAUUCAUCCACUCAGACACACCCCCAAUGAAAUCAAAGAAUCUGAUUGGUUAAACCUGCAUCAUCUGCUUCCUGAAUGGACGGCUCAGGCGGAGCGGAUAUUGGAACUGACUGAAAGUGCAGAAUCAGAAGACACAUCCGAUGUGAUCACAGGCAAAAAGGUGGACCUGGAGGACGUCCUGAAAAGGCUGCAGCACUGGGUACUGAGCACCACGAAUGGAACCGAGCGCGACGAUCUGCUGCUCACCCAACAGGUGACAGAUCUCCACACAGCGAUGGUGCAGUACCUGGUGAACGCACUGAUGCUGCUCACUCCGGACUAUUCUCCCGAUCCCUCAGACAAGGGGUUUGAAGAAGAAGGAGACGCGUUUCCAUCUGUGGUUCCUUUGCAGCAAAUGAAAGUAGAGGCUCUCGCCUUAUCUGAAAAGCUGCAUCGCUUCUCAGAUUACAUGAUAAAGUGCUGCCAGGAGAUGGAGGUGACCAAUCCCAGCAUGGAGGACGAUGGUCAUGAGUGGAGACAACUACAGUCCAUCCAGACGACAUGUAAUGAAUGGAUUGAGACGUGUCGGCUGCUUCUCUCGAAAGUGACUGUUCACAUCGAUCCGUCGGAGACUGCAGUGGAUUCCCAGACCAGGGACUAUACAGAGGAUUCCCAGACCAGGGACUAUACAGAGGAUUCACAGACCAGGGACUAUACAGAGGAUUCCCAGACCAGGGACUAUACAGAGGAUCCACAGACCAGGGACUAUACAGAGGAUCCACAGACCAGGGACUAUACAGAGGAUUCCCAUACGAAGGACUAUACAGAAGACUCACAGUCCAGGGACUAUACAGAGGAUCCACAGACCAGGGACUAUAUAGAGGAUUCCAACAUAAUGCUCAGCGGAAUAAAUUCACCAGAUGAUGAUUCGGUGCGCGCCGAGGAUUCCCAAGAACAGGCGGCCGGGGGAGCAGAGAGCCGCGUCAGCCCCGAGGUUGGUCCCAGGGUCCGGAGGCCGCAGGGUGGGAAGGCAUCUGCCCAGGAUGUCAUGAGGAUCAUCGACUAUGAUGGAAACAUUUCUAAGAAAUCUUUGAAAGAAGAGGAGAUUCCUGUUAUUCCACAGGGCGAUCUCACCGCCAGCCGGCCCGGCACGCCUCGAUCCAUACAAGCCUUCCAGUCCUUAGCGUCUUUGGAGCAACUGGAGAAGCGUCUCAUUCACGCAGAGCUGAGAGCUCAGAAAGCAGAAGAAAGGUCGGAGAGUCUGGAGGAAGAACUGAAGGGGGCGCUGCAGAGGAUCCGGGAGCUGGAGGCGAAAUCAUCAGAGGAGGAAGAAACCAGAGAACAUGAAGAACCUUCAGCUCCUGUUGAAACUAAAAGUGACCACCUCGGCCCCCCCGCACCUCCAAAAAAAAGGCCGAAAUCCACUAAAUCCAAGCCGCAUAAAUAAGGGAGGAGCCUGAGAUGUGUCCGGCGCUGAGCUCACUACAAUACAUUGUCCAGGACAUCCCCCCUGAUGAUCUCAUUGAUGUCAUUCAGGAUUAUUGGAUCAUUUACCUCUUUAAUAGGAUGUCCUGAUGGUAAACACAGCGCCACGUGGUGGCCAACAUGGGAAGCGUCUUGGAUUCACCUGUAAAUCUCAUUGUCUGUGUAUAAGAUUACGCACCAAUCUGUAAUAAUGUAAAGCACAAGGUUUAUAAUAAAGAACAGUAAUUUUGUUACAUAAUUUGUACAAUAUAUAGAAAGAUACAAAGCAGCAAAACCUUAUAUAAAGUGGUAGGAUGUGUGCUCCUCGCUGAGGACUUUAUGGUCAUGAACAGACAUGGACAAAAUUGUUAGCACCUUAGAAAAACCCACAAUUCUCCUGAACUAACAAAAAUAAUAGAAAUUUACUGACAAUUACAUGAUGAGAAUCAGAGAUCACUUCAGAUUUCAAAAGAAUCAUUCAACAAACCUCAACAACCUCCUUCUGGACUGUAGACAACCUCCUCCUGGACUGUAGACAACAUCCACCUGGACUGUAUAUAACC